CGCUCCAGAAAAUUUUAGAACAAUGAUGGACGACAUGAAUUGUGAGCCUAUGAUUGCAGAACUCUUGAAUACUAAAUUUGGAAAGUAUCUCAGUGACCACCCCUUCUUUGCACUAGUGCUGCUUGUUUUUGGUGUGAUCGCUUCAGUACCUAUUGGACUUUUCCUGGUGUUUGCUGUUGUUACAUUCGUUGCUGUUACAGUAUUCUUCGUCUUUGUUGAAAUCUUCCUGCUGACUGCAGGAGGGGCCACCUUGCUGUGUGUUCUCUGCUGCAUUGCUGUGGUUACCUUCUCGGUCUCCUGCAUCCUGAGUGCCUUGUACAUCAUUACCUCACAUGUACUCAACAACUGUUUCUUGCUUAGAGUGUAUGAGCAGACAGUGUCUACUGAGGACAUGGAGACAAAAAAAGAGCAAAAACCUGUGUGGUAAUACAGCUCAUGCACAAUUGUUCUGCACUCCAUAUAACUUGGAGUCCAGGGAGAAACUCGAUUUCCAUUCUGUGAAACCUCCAGGAGCUGAAAUGUAAGGGUUGUUCUUGAGCCGAGCAAUUGAACUGCACUUAAAUGCAGGAGAAUGUAAGAUAAUGAGUCAAUAUGUCCAACAUGGGUUUUUCUUCAAAUAGUUUUCAUAAUUCAUAUUUUUAUUUCUUGAAUGGGGAUUGGCACAUUUUUAAAAUUAAUUAGGACUGUGCUGCUUCCUACAUAGUAAAGCCACAUCAAAUGCAGUAUGGCAUAAAACAGUGACAGUGAAAUGCCAGUUAGUUGUGUUGGCUUCUGAAGACAGGA